AUGGCCGACCAUGAGGCGGCGGGACUCAGCGGGGCUUGCCACGAGCUUGCCGCCGCGGCGGAGUCCGGGUGGGACUUCAGCUCCCGGUGGGCCGGGCUGUCGUCGAGGGGCAGGAGUGCGUCGACGGCAGCGUCAUCGGAGGACAGGGACAAGAGCACUUCCUCGAUGGAGGGGGAGGACGGGGAAGACGAGGAGGAGGGGGGUGCGUUCCGUCUGAGCGCGACCGCGACCACCUCGGUGGUUCCCGUGGACCUCAACGCCUUCUUGCACCGCGCGGAGCUGAACAUCGCCCGGCUUCACCACGCGCUGGCGGGGCACCGAACGAACCGGAAACAAGCGUCUUCUUCUUCGGAGACCGCCGUGGAUCCGACGCCACCGCCGACGAUGCCGCCGCUUUUGUCCCUGAAUGGGAUCCAGCGGCGUUUCCUCUCCCGACGGCGUUGCAGCAUGAAGUCGUGGUCGUCCAUGUCCAGCACCCUCAUGGAGAAGCUGGCUCGCCAGGGGGAGCUGGGGUUUGGGUCCGAGGAGGCGGACACGACGUCGCCAACGGCCUCCGGCGGCAGCGGCGGUGGCGGGCUGGGGUUGGAGAGCCGGCCGUUGAGCCGGAAGGCGAUGCUUUUCGCGGCGGCGGCUCGUGCGAGGGCGAAGGCCAUGGAGCAGACGAUGUGGGACGGGAGGUCGGCGUUCUGGAGGGACCUCUUGCUGCCGACAGGCGAGCAAUCCCCGAGUGUCACGCCCGCCUGCUUCGUGCCGAUGUGGGCCGGGUUGCCGUGGCCGGUGCUCGACGACGACGACGACAGCGGUAUCGCGGAGAGCGCAGAUCGCCUGGGGCGCAGCGUCAAAGCCUUGAGGUCGAGCGGUCUCGUGCAGCCCGGCGGGGUGCGCACCUCUCUCGAGGAUUCCGGGCAGCAAUGGGACGGCCGCAACGCGUGGCCUCCCUUACAGUGGAUGAUCAUCCAAGGCCUGCGCAACUCGGCGAGCGCCUUGACUCCCCCCGCGACGGCAGCAGAGUCGGCCGCCGCGAUCACGGCGGGAGCAGCCACCGCCACCGCCAUCGCCACCCAGGCCGCGAGACAGCUUGCGUCCGAGGUAGAAGAGGCGUUUUUGGACGGGGCCCUGGCGGGUUGGGAGACGACGGGAGCGAUGAUGGAGAAGUACGACGCCGAUGAGGUUGGCAAGGGGGGCGGAGGCGGCGAGUACAAUCUUCAGGUUGGCUUCGGCUGGACAAACGGCGUCGCGCUCGACCUCAUCGCAGGGAGCUCGAAGCGGCCGACACUUUUGUAGUCGCGGAGUCAUCAUCGAUCGCACCACAAUAUCAUCAUCUGCCGGGCGGAUGGUACAUACAACAUGUUGAUACCGGGAUGGGGGAAACCCCUGCAUGCAAUAGAGUGCUGCUUUCUUGACCUCCUCUACCGAAUAGAGUGCUGGUUAUAUGGCAUUUCUUGACCCCCUGCAUGGGUAGAUUGCCCCUUUCAUAGCAUUUCUUGACCACCUGCAUGCAAUAGAGUGCUGCUUUCUUGACCCCCUGCACGGAAUGGAGUGCUGUUUUUAUGGUAUUUCUUGAUCCCCUGAGUGGCGUUUUUUGCAGUGGUGCACGCGGCCGCGGGGGAGGAUGGAGACGGUUAACAAUCUUGAUACGGGAUGGGGAACCCCUGGCAUGAAUAGAGUGCCCCAUUGUAUGGCUUUUCUCGACCCCCUGCAUGGAAUAGAGUGCUGCUUGUAUAACGUUUGGGCAUGGGUGACCGCAGUGCACACGGCCGCGCAAGAGGAGUGGGGCAGGGACCGGAGGCGUUGCAUGUUUGUUGGUUCCUGGCUCGACUCGUUUAUGAAGGUAUUUGUUUGUGUUCUACCACGGAAAUGGUUGUUGUUGCACAGAAAAUCACCGGUUGUAUGCAUAUGUAGAUUAUCUGCCUCUUGGAGACGGGCAGGCAGUUUCCCUGUCCCUCUACAGCAGUAGCACAGGCGUUGGUUCGCGUCCUCCUUUCCUCCCAAAAACAAGAAACAAGUGGUACGUAUUUAAUCCACACAUCGUAGCACACCGCCCAUGUACAACGGCAGGGGUUCCCCUUUGCUCCCUCUCUAGUCACCACCCAAGCAGGCAUCCGUAGCGUUGCCCCCCUUUGGUUGCGCUUCUUCAAGCUCCAGAAAGACCGCGCUUAACGCUGCCCCCCUGGCAUAUGGCUCCCAUUCGUUGUCACGUCGAUCUUUACCGAGUGUCGAAAGUCGCUCGCAAAACGCCGAGGGAGCUGGAAAUGUUAUUUUCCCCUUUCCCUUGGCAUUUGCUUGUAUGGUUGGAUCCGGGCGCGCGGGGGGGGGGGGGGUCGUAUCCCCACAGGAAAGGUAGUUAUCGGGAUGUUGGCGAGAAGCCCCGCAAUAUACAUUUUCAGUAUUCGGGAGGGAGAAGGAUUGGCGGC